CUCAUACACUCGAUAAAGAGCAUUUUUUUACCCACGAAACUUCUAACGAGGGAGUGAGUAUGAGUGUUCCUCGAUGGCAGGAGUUAUUCUCUGGCUACACGGCCCAGCAGUCAGACGGCAAGCCCAAGCAGGCUUGCCUCCACACUCAUCACACGAACCAUACUCCUCCAACCCUGUCCUUCGAUAUCGAUAGCUUGUUGGGCUUCGUGACAUCUCCUGGAGCAGCCACUCACGGUAUCAGGUUUUAUUCUGCGCCUCAAUAUCGUCAGAAUAUUUCUACGGAUGUUCACCUGACUUUAGAUCGCAUGAAUCCAGAUCCAGAGCGACCCCGACUGAUUCCGUCACGACUAAGAGACGUGCCGCAUUUCAUAUUCGCGAAGGUUGAAGGAGCUGAUUUCAUCAACUUACACCUAUUCUUUCCACAUUUGCCAUGCUCCUAUAACUUCAAUCGGUUGACUGACGAGCAGUUCUCGCGGUGGUUUGAUGAUAUCUUCUAUCCCGCUGUUCGUCAAGUUUAUGACGUUGAUCAACUCCAGCACCUGCCGGCAAGUUAUCGUCAUGCAUUAGCUACCUGCCGUGCUCCCCGGGUGGAGGAUCGUCUGCUCGAGACCCCUAGUUAUCGGACCCAACUACAGAUGUCCUAUUUCCUGUCACCGCAAGGCUUGAAUCAACUAUGGGACCAUGUUCUCACCGCGGUACGCUAACUAGGAUUGUAAGACUUUCGCGAUCCAGAGCUCUUCAUUGAGGCAAAAGGCACCAAACUUCUGUUCAAAUACCCGGAUGCGCCAUCUGAUCUACUUGCGGUCAUGGAGAACUUUGACUGUAAACUCCACCGCGUUCUGGACUUCUCUUACAUAUGCAGUGACCGGUUGUACAUCGAUGUGGGCAAAGAGACCUGCCCACCGCGCAGCGGCCUAAUAGCACGAGACAGCAAUGUUUCGGCACGAGAAGCUCAGACGUACCUCUGGCGACGUUGUUGCAUCCGCCAUCACCUCAGCCAGCUUUACGACGGGAAUGUUCCAAAGUCUGGCCAAAACUUCUACCAUGAGUCAAUGCUUCGCGAUGCAGGUAGCAUGACUACAUUGACGCCUCCAAGCUCUCGACUUCGUCGCGGA